UACAGGAGAAAAUGCGGAACUAUGACGACUUAUAAAUAUAUACACUAGUCUUACGUAUUGAUAUAAUGCCUAUUUACAAAAAUCCACGGCGCGUUAAUUAGCCUACACCACACUUGGUUGUUCUGCAACGAAAACAGAUAGCUGCUAACAGCCUAUUCAAAUCGAAAAUAAGCAAGGUCGUCUGCCAGAAGUGACUACUAAAUGUGACUGCGUGUCCCGUGACUUUCCUCUUUCGUGUAAUUCAACUAUUUGUCAUAUUUCACUGACUAGCUUGCACGUUGAAUUUUAUUUUUAGUAACAGAUGGCAUUCAUGUUGUUUUAUUGAAGCAAUGUCGUGGUAGCCUGCAAGCUCAAUAUCGUCUAUCGUGGACAGUGGUUGUUGUUUUUUUGAAUGGUUUACCUUCCGGAUAACCUAUAGUUUAAGAUGUGAAAUAUUUUUGGAAUUUGCCCGGCCAAAACUUUCGAUAUUGGCAUCAUGUGUUCUCGUAUGAAGCUAGGGCAACACUGCAAGCACUCGCACAGCCUCUCGCUCAUGCGCACUGACUGCUGCCUGAGCAAUUUGUCAGUACUCGUGGGAGAAUUUGGCAGAUAUCUUAGCAUUUGCCAUGGAGGAGUCAGCCAAUAAUGUGGCCACUCCUGACUUUGACGUUUAUGAAGCAAUGGAUUGGAAAGAUGGAGUGGGAACGUUGCCUGGAAGCGAGCUGAAGUUCCGGGUGAAUGAGUUCGGGGUCCUGGAGGUCAUAACCGAUGAGGCAGAUGACGACAGCGUUAAGAAGGCCCACGCCACCACCACAUGGGCUGUCCCCACUGCUCAGGAAGUGGUGAAAGAGGAGCAGCGUCCUUGGGCCCAGCGUGGUCUGGUGUGUGUGCGGUGUCAGAGGAAAGGCUCGACGGUGGACUUCUUGCCUGACGGACGCCACUGCAGCGAGCGCUGUCAGCAGCAGGACCAGCAGGAUGAGUGGAAUCUGAAGAAAGACAUCGCCAAGAACAAUGGAGAGGUGACCGGGGUCACCAGGAAGAGGCAUCUCCAGCCAGAGAAAGUUCCAGAAGAGAUGGACAACGUGAUGGAUGUUCCUGAGGAUGAUGACGAGGACUACGUAAAUGAAGAGAAGGACAGCAGGAAGUCGACACGCGGGGCCCCCAGGGGCCGGAGGAAACGGAGGGGCGACGCAGCUCUGCUCAGGCAAACGGUGCCUUAUGGAGGGAAAAAGAAGUCUUGGUGCUGGGCCUCAUAUUUGGAGCAGGAGAAGGCCAUCGCAGCCCCCAGCAAACUGUUUAAAGAGCACCAGUCCCUGCCACAGAGCAAGAAUGGCUUCCGGAUGGGGAUGAGGCUGGAGGGAGUCGACCCCGAGCACCCAUCCAUGUACUGUGUGCUGACAGUGGCCGAGGUCUCAGGCCAUCGUAUCAGGCUGCACUUUGACAAAUACUCCGACUGCUAUGACUUCUGGGUAAACUCCAACUCCCCUGACAUCCACCCCGUGGGCUGGUGCGAGAAAACCGGCCACAAGAUGCACCCUCCCAAAGGCAUGAAGGACGAGGAAUUCAGCUGGCCGUCCUACAUAAAGCAGAACAAGGCCCAGGCCGCUCCCAAAGCCCUGUUUGAGAACCAGAACACGACCGUGACGCCUCAGGGCUUCCGCGUUGGAAUGAAGCUGGAGGCCGUCGACAAGAAGAACCCCUCCUUCAUCUGUGUGGCCACAGUGGCGGACAUGGUGGACAGCCGCUUUCUGGUUCACUUCGACAACUGGGACGAGAGUUACGACUACUGGUGUGAUGCAACAAGCCCUUAUAUCCAUCCAAUCGGCUGGUGCCUGGAGAAUGGAAGAACUCUGACCACACCUCCAGGUUACCCUAAUGAGAAGGAUUUCUCCUGGGAGAAGUAUCUGGAGGAGACGGGCGCCUCCCCUGCUCCUGCCAGAGCCUUCAAAGCGAAGCCUCCUCACAGCUUCCAGGUGCUCCUGAAGCUGGAGGCCGUGGACAAGAGGAACCCUAUGCUGGUGAGGGUGGCCAGCGUGGUGGACACGGACGACCACAGGAUCCGGAUCCAUUUUGAUGGCUGGACCGAUGAGUAUGACUACUGGGUGGACACGGACAGCCCAGACAUCCACCCGGCGGGCUGGUGCGCCAAAACCGGACACCCCCUCCAGCCCCCCAUCAGUCCACAGGAGAUGUUUGAUUCGUCGGAGCAGGGCGGCUGCCCCACCCCUGGCUGUAAGGGCAUGGGCCACAUCAAAGGGGCUCGCUACUCUGGACACCACAGCGCGGUGGGCUGCCCAUACUCCGACAUCAACAUCAACAAGGACUCUGUGCUGCCAGACCGGCUGAGCGGGGAGAUGCCAGGCAGCGCGCCAGGCGUGGGCAGGCCCAGGAGGGUGGAGCCCAGCCCAGAGACCUCCACCGGCACGCCAGACAAGCAGCAAGGCCCCAGCCUGAGCCACCCGGAGAGGCCCAGCCGCCCAGAAAAGCCCAGCACUGCAGCCAGCUCCAUGGAAAGGCCACUCAAGAAGCCUGCAAGCACUGAGCCAAAGAGACGAGUGGGCCGGCCUUGCAAGCAGAAGAAGGUCGAGGAGCCCGUGGAAGAGGAGAUGGAGAGCGAGGUGUCCUCCAUUAACGAAACCAAAGACCUGAGCCUCCAGCAGGCCCUGCACCAGUCUGUCUUCAUGCCCAGCGGCUCGCUCUCUCCCACCUCCAGCACGCCGCACUGCUGGGACCAGCACAGCAAGCUGCUACCCACCGUCGCUGGCAUCACCGCCAGCAAAGUGGCUGCCUGGAGCGUUGAUGAGGUUACUGAGUUCAUUCAGGGUCUGCCAGGAUGCAAGGAGCAAGUGCGCACCUUCAGAGAAGAGCAAAUAGAUGGUGAGGCCUUCCUGCUGCUCACCCAAGUGGAUCUGGUGAAGAUCCUCAGUAUCAAGCUGGGCCCGGCCUUAAAAAUCUACAACUCCAUCUUGAUGUUCAAGACAGCCGAGGACUCGGCCUACAAUGAGCUCUGAGUGAGAGGCGGAAGGGGGAGGGAGGAUGCUGUCACUUUCAGGCCUCAGCAAACUGACGGUGGAAUUUUCCGGAAUGAAAUGAAAAAAAAAAAAAGAAGCACAAAAGAACUCUUCUUCAAAGAAGAACCUAAUUCAUGCAAGGGGGAAAAAGAUGGAAGGAAAAACUGCACAUGUAUAUUGCACUGUCAAUUUUUUUUUUUUUUCGUUCUGCAGCCAUAACAUUCAUAGACCUGUACAGUAGAAAUGAAUUGUGUGUAUAUAUACAGUAUAUAAAGACAACAAUUAUGUUUUAUUCCUUAUGCCUAUUCUCACUCUAAUAAUGAGUUACAUGUGCUUUUUUUAGAAUCAGGGCUAGCUGUGGGUAGAAAAGGCUGCCUUAUUUUCAAAAAGCAAAACAAUACCACUUCACACAAACUUUCUUUGAGCAUUUUUUGGAAGAUAUGAGCCCUUGUUGUUUUAAGGUUAAUGGUGAAAUCCAUCAACGGUUACCUCCAUUCAAUCCUCCAGCCAUCUACGGAGGUAAUAGGCACUAUUAGCCAAGAAUCUGUCGUCUGUGUAGUUGAGCUGAUGGAUGCAGCCUUAGUGCCCUCCCUGGGGAAACAUGACAGAUUCCAGGGGCAGAUGAUUUCCCCCAGCAUUGCGGGGCGCAGUGAGUCCAUAGAUUGUUAAGAGAAAACGGAGGGAGCAGAUAGACAAUAAUCCUCAACGCUCCCCCUGAAGCUCAAGGACAGCAGAGGGGCCUUUUUUUAAUACAUUUUUUUUGGGGGGGGGGGGGGGGGUCUCUUUCCUCACUUUCCACCUUAUUGUCGUCUUGAAGGGCUGAAAGCAUCCGGAAAAUUCUCACCCCAGCAGAAUAUGCUGGAAAUAAUGUAAUCGACCAGUCAUUAGGCCUGUGCCAGUAUAGAUGGCACACACUAGGGAUACUAGACGCCCCAGACGGUGCUCGCUGAAGCGUUAUGGUUAAUAUACAGCUGUAUGUCACUAGCUCUCUCGAAUGUAUAGAUAUGAUGGGGGAUAUAAAAUCCAUUUCAGUAGGCUUUCAAAAUGAAACGAUGAACGUCAUAAUCUGUUUGGUUGCCGUCCCAUGCGUACGCGCAACCACUCUCUAUUUAUCACAGCAGGUACUGGAAAUAGAUCCACGAAUAAAGACACAUCCUUUGUAUACUCUUGAGCCAUAGACGGCAAUAUGCUAUUUUUAUUUCAGUGUGAGUGUGAUUGAAGCAUGGAGAACACAAACAGAUGAAAAAUGUUUUUUUUUUUCCUUUCCUCUACAAAAUGUAUUCAUAUGCAAUUUUUUAAAUUUAUUUAUUUAUGCUGAUAAUGCUCAGACCAGCGUGAGAAUGUUUCGCGGAUGUGAAGCCAUGCUUAGACAGGAAGGGAGGGGAAGGGAGCUCGCUGUAGCCUGUAUCACGUCCCUCUGCUGAUUUGCAAAUAAACACGGUGGCAACUCAA